GGGCCUAUUCUAGUUGCUAUGACAACAUACAGCGCUGCGACGUUUUAUGGCAACUGUCGUGUCCUGACAGGUUUUGUAGCCACAAGGAAAUAUACCAGGAUUUCUCUUUGGUCAACUGAAAAUGGUGAAAAUUACUGUAAAAAGGAAUGACGAACCACAGUUUCUACAUGAAACCACUGGUGACACUUCAAUUGAUGUCCUCAUUACAAAUAUAACCAAUAUCUAUAAUGGCAGGUUGAAAAUUGAGCGGAUAUGUUUAGAGUUGGGAGAGCUGGCCAAGCAUGGAACCACCCUGCCUAUCAACAUGCAAGGCCUUACAGAUGAGCAAAUUACAGAAUUAAAACUGAAAGAUGAAUGGGCUGAGAAGUGCAGGCCCAGUGGUGGAGAUGUCUUCAACAAGGAUACAAUGGGACGACGUAAUGGAAUUGCUCCCAAUGAACAUAUGGCUGGAGUUUUAAAUAAAAGUUCAAAAGAAGCAAAAGAUAUGAUUUCCAAAUUACCGCCGCAUGACCCUAUCAGAAUGGAACUGGAAAAUAAAGAACAACUUGAAGGCACCCAGGCUUCUCUGGAAGUCAUACCAGUUGAUAAUGCUGACCUCUGGUGGGCAGGUAAACAGUUGCUACGUGGUAAAAAGCUGAAGGAUUAUAUCGGCAAUAAUGAGAAGACGAAAAUUAUUGCCAAAUUACAAAAGCUUGGACAAGGUGCCCCAGGUCGUGAACCUGUGAUCAGUGAGCAGGACCAAAAGGAGAUGAUGGCCUAUUAUUACAGAAAGCAAGAAACCGCAAAGAAAUUAGCAACAGAUGAUGAAGAUUCUUAUUUAAAUUCUGAAUGGGCUGACAAUCAAAUGCUGAAGAAGAAAUUUCAGGGUCUGACCAACAUCAAGUAUUAGGCUGUGGGAAGAAGUUGUAAAGAUGUAAAUUAUUUCACUGAAUAAACUUUAUAUUUUCCUUUGUAAUUAAA